UAUUGCCAGUGGGUGUUUUUGUUAUUAGACUAGAGCAAUUCGCAAUAAAAAAGCAAAGAAAUCGUUGUAUUGGAAUCAUUUAGUGAGAAAACAAAAUAAUUUGUAAACAUUAUUGUAUUUAUACAAACUACAAUUGCGUGUUGUUGCCUCUGGUUUAUUAAUAAGUAUUAUAUGCAACGUUUAUACUAGUUAAAAACUGUGCAAAACAAGCAGGAACAUGAUCCAUUUAACUGGACAGAAUUACAAUUCCCGUGAUAUUGUGCAAAAUAUAUUCUCACCAUUGAUUGGUGUCCUGUGCAGUCCUCAUGCAGACGAGGUGUGUCAUCGAAACAACCUGUCGUUUGCGGAAUUGUUACAGCCUUUUGCAAAGCUGCAAAAUGAUGCCCACUUUCGCGAUGUGACGGGUACCAGUGUUUCCAUACGUGGCUUACGUUUGAAUUUUUGCGAUGUCGACUGGCGACCACCACAAACUGUGUUGGCCAGAAAAAUGCUCAACGAAUCGGUGACAAACGCCCACAAUGAUAAAACAAAAAUGGUCCACCUGUCCGACAUCUCCUUGGAAGUACCCACAUACGAGCCAUGGUUUGAAAAUUGGCGUGAAACCUUUUUAACCGUACAGUUUCCAGCAGACCACGAGUUCACCAGACAUCUGCUUAGCUGCCUAAUAGUCUUGUCCAGCAGCGAGCCGAAUAUUGUGGAAACGGCCCAUAAGCUGUCCCAGCGCGUACAUCAAAUGCAAAGCGUUACACCGGCCCAGAAAUUACCCAAAUGGUUUCAAUCGGCCGAUGUCCUCAACAGUUAUGUGGUUUUGCACGAAGGCACCCAGGGUGAUUUGUCCAAGGCCCAACAGGGCUAUGAAAUGCUCAAGUCAACCUUUGGUGAUGCAAAAUGCUUUCUCAUACAGUUAAAUUCACUCGACGUCCAUGUCGGUGGCAGUGAAGUGCCCGACUAUUGGACGGCGUUUUUAAAACGUCAACCCAAGACGGGUGAAACUGGUCAAAGUGGUGGUGGCAGUCUUGGAGAUCCAUUGAGUGGCCAUAAAACGCCACAAGAUGGUGUGUCAAGUAUUGCCAUGCCAGCCAUGCAAAUGUCUUUGCUAAGUGAGGCUGUAAACAGCACCGAGGCCAGUGAUAUGGGAAGCAUAUUACAUCCCCUAAGUCCGGUACAGGAAAAUGCCACAGAGGCAAUAAAUUCGAAGUUUUCGGUAAGCAGUGAAAGCAUUGCCUCGCAGACCAUAAAUCCCAAUGUGUGGACUGGUGAUUUUGAUGCUCCCCAUGGUCAGUGCUUGAAUGCCAUGGAUGUGGAGAAUAUUAAACAUUUUGUGCAGGAUUAUGCGGUGAGGGCAUUGAUACCCUAUGUGGAACAUUUAGUGGGCAUAUUAACGGAAGCGGUCACCAACAAAAAGGGCGUGAGCAAAUCCUUGCUAAGUGCCACCAAACGCUGGUUUGUAACCAGCAAACCCGGGGCAAGUGCCAGCAAUCAAAAUGCUGUAAUAUACACCCACGAAUCGGCGGAGUUACAAACCCGCAAAUUGGGAGACCUCUACUUCAUGUUUGGACACUACAAUAUGGCAUUCCAGGCCUAUCAUCAGGCCAAACGAGACUUUAAUGCCGACUCAGCUUGGCAAUAUUACGCUGGAGCCCUGGAAAUGGCUGCCUUGUCGGCCUUUAUGCUGGGCACGGCCAAUCGCAAGACCUAUGACUAUAUGGAAGAUGCAAUUGUUUGUUAUUUGAAUACCUGCAAAUUACAACAAUUUGCCACGCGGGCCACUUUACUGAGCAUGGAAUGUCUGAAAACGGCACGAUUAUACGGUGAAGCAGCUAAACAAUUGAUACGUAUGACUAGUGAAGAGUCUGAUUUGCGUUCAGCCCUGCUAUUGGAACAGGCUGCCUAUUGCUUUUUGAACUCUACACCAGCCAUGUAUCGUACAUAUGCCUUUCAAAUUGUCUUAUCUGGCAAUCGUUAUUCUCGUGCCGGCCAGCGUAAACAUGCCUAUCGUUGUUAUGCUCAGGCCUAUCAAGUUUUCCAGCAGAAAAGUUGGAGUUUGGCCGAAGAUCAUAUCCAGUACACUAUGGCUAAACAGGCGUAUAUGUUGAAAAAACUUGAAGAGGCUAGCCGGUCAUUUGCACAUCUCUUGCGACCGGGUAGUUUGCAAAAUGGCAAUCAACAAUUGAGCUUUUUGAAAGAGUUUAUACAGACUCAAAAUGAGUUUGUUAAACGUCAUCCCGAAAUGGGUCUCAUACCUCAUGCUCUGCCCCAUGUGGUGCAAGAUUCCAUCAAAGUCUUAACUUUAUCGCCACCACCUGUGGUCACACCCCACCACCUACCGGCAACAAAUAUAGACAUAAAUACGGAUUUGAGCGAUGAAUCAGUUUGGCAUAAAUUAGAGGAAAUGAUUGUAACCACUGCAUCGGCAAAUAAGCCAUUGGUAUUCAAGCCCUCGCGUAGUUUGUUUACCAAAGAAAAUCCCACACUUGAAUCCCCAUUGGCCGUUCAGGGAGAACCCAUUGAGUUAUCCGUGACCAUAACAAAUACCAUUGGUUGUGGCAUAAUAUUCAGCAAUGCUGAGCUAUUGUGGCGUUUAAAAUUGGACAAUGAUGAGGAGUUGAAUAAUAUGUGUUUGUUUGAAUCCGCCGGCAUGGAGAAUCCAAAUACCACAGCAGUCAGGGCUGCCAUUAAAUCAGGCCCGCCCCAGUCCGUACAAUUGGAUGAGAAGGCCAGCCAGACAUUGUAUUUCAAAUUGACGCCAAAACUAACUGGCCGUCUGACAAUUGUGGGCAUUGUUGGUCAGGUGGCAUCUGCUGCCGAGCCCAAUGCCUCUCUUUUGGGUUCAUUGCAAUUUGAAACACAAAUUCUCAAGGCACCUGGUAAUAAGGCACCCGCAUUUGAUCAGAAAUUAAAUAUACGCAUCAUACCCACACUGCCGUCGUUAAGUGUUAGCUUCUCGGCCAUACCCAAUGACUUAUUGGCCGGAGAAAUUAUUCCCCUCACUAUUUCGUUUCGCAAUGAAAACAUCAAACCCAUUGAAGAGAUCUAUUUGGGUUGUGAUAAUCCUCGCUGGCUGACACUGCAAGAUAAGGAUGACAAGAUACCGCUGUCGCUAAUGAGUUCCAUUAAAGACCUUUCCAACGAGAAACUGGUAAAAGACAAAGAGAUACGCCAACAACAUGUUUUUCGUUUAUUCCGAAACAAAUCCACGUCCGCCCUUAAGGCCCAAGAUACCACAACUUUGACGUUGUGGCUUCAGGCCCCCUUUGAAAAUGGCGAGUUUACUUUGCGUCUCUUGUUCUAUUAUGCCUUGCCUUCGGAGACAACGAGUGCCAGUGGUGGCAAUUUGAAAUAUCGUUUAGUUCGACACAAAUGGCAAUUUAAUAUCCACGAAUGUCUGCAUGCUGAGGCUGCGUGCGUUCUAAGCAACUCGUCCAAUGGUGAAUUGGGUAUCAAUUUGGAAGUGCGCAAUGAAAAUAAAAUGCACCAUCCCCUUAUGGCCGAGAUAUAUGUGAAUUCGCUGGCCCUGUACUGUGAAAAGUUCCAGCUGAAUAAGGAUAAGUUAUAUCCCAUAAACCAAAUGGAAAUUGCUUCAGGAUUACUUGGAGAAAAUUGUAUAAAACCCUCCAAAACAGCCAGUUACCAAUGUCGCCUGAUGCCAAGUCACGCCAACGGUGCGGCAAACGAAAAUAAACCCUUACCCCAAAACUUAUUAAAGGCACGCCUCUCCCACCUGGAUAUGAUGCCAUCAAAACUACAACAACAACACGAACAGAAUUUACCCAAAAUGUUUGAAUUACAUAGUUUUCUGGCCAACCACGAAACCGUCUACUUCAAUGCCAGCAUUACGACGGAAGAAUUCAAUAACAUUGUUGCCUCCUAUGAACCCCAUACGACAAUAGCCAUCUGCUGGACAGCAGCUAUUGUACAGAAUUCCAUACAACGACAGGCUUAUGGACAACAUUUCAUACAAUUGAAAACGAUAUACGAAAAGAGGACAUGCCCCCUGCAAACGGAUGAAAUUAAACAAUUCAAAAGUAAUUUGGAUCGUGAUCAGUUGCAGCAUUUAAAUAUCCAACAGUUUUGUGAUAAACAUCCACUGGAAAUCAAUGCCAUAUUGUCACAAAUGGAGGCGGCAGACCGGAGCACAGAACGUUAUUUGCCAUUUGGUGAUGCCACUGCCGAGGAGGGGGAAGAUGAUUUUUGGGAACCCAAUGAAAUGUAUGUGGGACAACGUUGUCUGCUGGAAGAUGAAAGUUUUUUGCUAGCCACUAAAGCUUAAAAGGAUAAUUGUUGCAAUAAGUUAUAAAUAUUCCAUUGUUUACUUAAGACGACAUAAUGCAAAAUAAUAAAGGUUAAUGUAUUUUUAGAAAUCAAGAUUGAAA